UUUUUGAACUCAGUGAAAAAUUUAAAGAAAUAAUUUGGUACGUGAAAAUUUUAGAAAAAAAAAAGCUACUUAGCCUUAAAAAAAAAUUGAAAGAGACGACUUAAACAUGGUCGUUUAAUACAAGAUCCGUUACCGACCUUCUCGCCAUUUGCAAGCGCUUCAGUUACCAAAUAUCGUCGUUGAAGGUUCGCAGUGUUCGUUUUCAUGGACAUGGAGGCAUCACAAACCAAUUCCGAGAACCCUAACCCUAACCCCAACCCUAACCCCAGCCCUACACCUAUCCGUAAUGCCAAUUCAAUAUCUUCUUCUUCUCCGGUGUGGCCAACCAUAGACGGCCCACUCGGACUCUCAGAGGAAGACUCAAUGAAUUAUGCCCGCAGAUUCUACAAAUUCGGCUUCCUUCUUCUUCCCUUGCUUUGGGCGGUCAACUGCUUCUACUUCUGGCCUGUUCUGCGUCAUUCUCGCUCCUUCCCUCGCAUUUACCACUUGUUAGUACUUUGGAUUGAUCCCAUGAGCAUGAAGUCCAUCUGUGUGGCGCAGCUAGUUAUGUAUCAAAAGAAGAUUUCUUCCAUUGAGCAUUGCUAGUCGGUCUAACAUUUAAUCGCUUUUGUAGAUGUUGUGAGAUCUGCAAUUGGGUUCACAGUGUUUACAACCCUUCUCUCUUCAUGGGCCCUCACAUUUUCAAUUGGAGGAACGCACCUGUUUGGCCCUGUGUGGGAUCAACUAGUAAUGUACAACCUUGCUGACAAAUUAGGCUUGACCAACUGGAGCUAGAGAUGUAUGUCUAUUCUUAUUCCUUUUGUCUUCCUCUUCUUUACUAUAUUAGUUGAUUCGAGUGGUUGGGACUGUUUGUUUGUUUGUUUAUUUGCAUUAUUGCUUAUUACCAUAAAGGACCUUGUAUAUCCCAUUGCUGUAAGAUGCUAUAUGCUGACAUUAAAUUAGAAAUUGGUCCUCUCUAUCUUCAUCUUGUGUGUAAGUACAACCACGUGACACCACAUGUCAUAAAGUCUGGUAUGGAAUCAACUGUCAUGACCUAGGCAUAAUAUGAAGGAAUCCCUCUUUUUUUUUUGGUA